GAUUGCUGCAAACCUGCACGUUGAGUAGGAAUACAGAAACAGCAUACACGGCAUUUCUAUUCGGAGAUCCUCAAGACUAAACCGGGAGGACUGAGCCACGAAGAGCACGUAACCAUGUCUUCGGACGAGCUUAAGGCCAAGGGAAAUGCCGCGUUCAGCGCGGGCAACUUCGAGGAGGCUGCUAAGUUCUUCACGGAGGCAAUUGGCGUGGACCCAGGCAACCACGUCCUCUACAGCAACCGCAGCGCGUCGUAUGCGAGCCUCAAGCGGUAUACCGAUGCGCUGGAUGACGCAAAGAAGUGUGUGUCGCUCAAGCCUGACUGGGCCAAGGGCUACAGCCGCCUGGGUGCGGCCUAUCACGGCCUGGGCGAGUACCCCGAGGCCAUCCAGGCCUACGAGGACGGCCUGAAGCACGACGCCAACAGCGAGCAGCUCAAGAGCGCGCUGGAGGAGGCGCGCGCCGCCGCCGCCGCGCCGCGCCGCCCCGGCUCCAUCUUCUCCUCGCCCGAGCUGCUCAUGAAGCUGGCCAUGGACCCCCGCGGCAAGGCGCUGUUGGGCCAGCCCGACUUUAUGGCCAUGCUGGGCGACAUCCAGAACGACCCCUCCCGCAUCAACAUGUACCUCAAGGACCCGCGCAUGCAGCUGGUGCUGGAGCUGGCUCUGGGCGCAAAGUUCGGGGCGCCAGGCGGCGGAGAGGACGAGGAGCCGGCCAGCGCCACCGCGCACAAGGAGGCUGAGUCACACAAGCCCGCCUCCGCCUCGCACGCACAUGACAAGAAGCCCGCGCCGCAGCCGGAGCCGGAGCAUGCGGAGGUCAGCGAGGAGGAGCGGGAGGCUGCCGCCAAGAAGGCUGCGGCCCUGAAGGAGAAGGAGCUUGGUAAUGAGGCCUACAAGAAGAAGGAGUUUGAGACGGCCAUUGCCCACUACAACAAGGCCAUUGAGCUGUACGACGGUGACAUGACCUUCCUCACCAACCGCGCGGCCGUGUUCUUCGAGCAGGGCGAGUUCGACAAGUGCGUUGCGGACUGCGACGCGGCGGUGGACAAGGGCCGCGAGAUGCGCACCGACUUCAAGGUCAUUGCACGCGCACUCACGCGCAAGGGCAAUGCGCUCGUCAAGCUCAACAGGCUUGAGGACGCCAUCGCGGCCUACAACAAGUCGCUGAUGGAGCACCGCAACGCCGACACCCUGGCGCUGCUGCACAAGACCGAGAAGACGCUCAAGGAGCGGCGGGAGGCGGACUACAUCAACAUGGAGCUGUGCGAGGUGGAGCGGGAAAAGGGCAACACCGCAUUCAAGGAGCAGCGCUACCCAGAGGCUGUGCAAGCCUACCAGGAGGCUCUCAAGCGCGGCCCGCCUGCCGUCAACCCGGAGGCCUACAAGCUCUACUCCAACCUGGCCGCCUGCUACACAAAGCUGGGCGCCUACCCAGAGGGCGUCAAGGCCGCGGACAAGUGCAUUGAGCUCAAGCCCGACUUCGCCAAGGGCUACAGCCGCAAGGGCACGCUGCAGUACUUCAUGAAGGAGUACGACAAGGCCAUUGAGACGUACAACAAGGGCCUGGAGCUGGAGCCCGACAGCACCGAGCUGCAGGAGGGGCUGCAGCGCGCCGUGGAGGCCAUCAGCAGGUUCGCGAGCGGCCAGGCCAGUGCGGAGGAGGUCAAGGAGCGCCAGGCGCGGUCGCUGUCCGACCCCGACAUCCAAAACAUCCUCAAGGACCCGGUCAUGCAGCAGGUGCUGCGUGACUUCCAGGAGGACCCCCGCGGCGCACAGAAGCACCUCAAGAGCCCCGAGAUCAUGGUCAAGAUCAACAAGCUGGUGGCGGCCGGCAUCAUCCAGGUCAAGUGAUGAGGGACGGAUGAGCGGCCGUCACUCUUGACAGAGGCGUUGGUGGUGUGUUGUUGUUGUUGUUGUUGGUAUGCGAGGAUGUGCGGUCUGUGCGUGGAGUGUGGAGCGUAUGUGUGGAGCGGUCUCAGGGCAAUAGGGGCGCCCAUACCCCCGCGCCGGGCCCAUCCGUGGCAAACGAAACCAGAGGAGCGCGAGCGUUGACAUUGUGCGCAGGAGGUUCACUAGAAUAAGGUGUGGCUGCAAGGGAGGUGCAAGACAUGGAGUAGGGCAGUACGCGCAAGGCUGCAAGCUGCGUAUGGCUGAGCGGUUGCAGGCGGGCGGCAGUGAUCGCCGCGCACUCGUCAGUAUGGGAGCACCAUUGCGUUGCUGAUGCUACGGUCUGCGGCUGAACCUAGCAUCGCCGUUAUUAAUUGCGGAUUUGCGGUAUCGUGGAUGCGGGCCUGAAGAAAGGCGCUGCCUCUUGCCAGUGGCGUUAAAGACAGGCUGUGUGACCGUUCGCUAUAGUGCAGCUGACAGUUCAAGGCGAUCACGGGGACUCGCCUGGGUGCGGCGCAGACGCGCAGUCACAGCACAGUGUUUUGCGGGUGCCACUGGACUACAGCAUCCGCGGCCUUUUCAGGUUCUCCUGGUCUCGCCGGUUAGCUGGGCCCUCGGGCUGCACUGAGCUUACGGACUACUGG